AUGGAGUACUCUGCUGCUGUUGAGUUUUCAUCCCCAGAAAAAACAAACACUGCCAUUGAAAACAGCACUGACAAAAAGGUUAAUUCCAAUGCUAAGGAGUCUUGGGAAAGGGAUGUAACUAGUGGUGGUAAGGACGAUGAUUCAGAUUCAAAAUCAGAACUGCAAAUGAAGGAUAUUGUUGACAUGCUGAAGAAACUCAAAUUGAAUCCCCUGGCUAAGGAAUUCUUUCCUUCCUCUUAUUAUAACGGCCAGAUGGGGGCCAAAAAAAUUGUGCUAGCGGAAAAGAACUCCGGCAUUGAUGGUUCCCCAAUAAACCGUAGGAGAAGAAAUAACCACAACCAGGGCAGGAGGAGAGUGGGUGUUAGGACUUUCAGAGCUCAAAGAGAAGAUAGUAUCAGGCGAACAGUCUAUGUAUCUGACAUUGAUCAUAAUGUCACUGAAGAGCGGCUUGCUGCCCUAUUCAGCGCCUAUGGGCAAGUUGUUGAUUGUCGUAUUUGUGGCGAUGCAAACUCCCGUCUUCGCUUUGCUUUUGUAGAAUUCUCAGACGAGUAUUCUGCUCGAGCGUCUCUUAACCUUUGUGGGAUACUGUUGGGUUUCUCUCCUGUUAAGGUUCUGCCUUCUAAAACUGCCAUUCUUCCUGUGAAUCCUACAUUUCUUCCCAGGUCAGAAAACGAACGGGAGAUGUGUGCCAGGACAAUCUACUGUACCAAUAUUGAUAAGAGGGUUUCUCAGGCUGAUGUUAAGAAUUUCUUUGAAACAAGAUGUGGUGAGGUUUCCCGCCUGAGGCUCUUGGGGGAUCACAUGCAUUCGACUCGGAUUGCUUUUGUUGAAUUUUCCAUGGCUGAGAGUGCAAUACUUGCCCUUGAUUGUUGUGGCGAAAUUUUGGGAUCCCGACGCAUCAGGGUAAGCCCUUCAAAGACACCUGUGAGACCACAAGAUCCAUCCCCUGGAAUGCAGUUUAUGGCCUUUAGUUUCAAGGAUAGGUCGAACAAUGAGCACGAGUAG